AUGGGUACUGUUCAGGGUAUUGUACAGGGAACGGCUCGCCACAACAAAUGAAAAACGGUCCGAGGUCAUGAUGAUGCUCAUCAUUUUCGGAAUUACUUGCUCGAACCACAAUGUCAGCGGUCCGCCUCAAAUCAUCCCCAAGAAUAAAUAGGGAGCAUCGUAGACUGCGUAGCGUUCCGCUCGUCUUCUUCUCUCCCCCUCCAAAAAAAGAGUCUGAAAAUGCGUUCGCAUAUCGCGUUACUUUCCGUCUUGGUGUAUUCGGCGGUAUUGGAAGCAAACGUGCUGAAAUUCAAACGAGUUACAGAGGCUUCUUGUGAAUUGACUGCCUCUUCGGGUGACGACGCGCCCCAAUUCCUUGCUGCUGCUGCAAGCUGUGACACGGUGAUCAUUCCGGCCGGGACCACGCUCAACAUAGAGACCCGUCUGGACAUGACCGGGAUGUCGAACCUUGAUAUUGAUCUCCAAGGAACAAUAAGAUUCAAUCCUGAUAUUGAUUAUUGGUCUGGAAACGGCUUUCCCAUUACAUUCCAAGACCAGAUAACUUUUUGGCUCUUGGGUGGUGAAAAUAUUGUGUUGAGCGGCGGAGGAACUCUUGAUGGAGCAGGCCAAGCUUGGUAUGAUGCCUUUGCUUCCAAUUCGUCGUUACUCCGCCCCAUCAUUUUAACGUUGAACGAAGCCACCAACGUUUUGGUCGAAAAUAUUCAGAUGGUAAACAGCCCUGAGUGGUUCAACCUCGUAAACGAAUGCCAAAAUGUGACCUUUAAUAACAUCACUAUCACCGCAAAGUCUACGUCCGACAAUUUUAUUUCUAAUACGGACGGUUGGGACAUCUACCGCAGCGACAUGGUGACCAUAAAAAAUUCUGUCAUAAACAACGGCGACGACUGCGUUUCAUUCAAGCCGAACUCGACGAACAUCCUUGUUUCGGACCUUAAUUGCAAUGGCUCUCAUGGAAUCUCAGUUGGGUCUCUGGGUCAAUUUUCUGGCGUUUUCGACAUUGUUCAAAACGUUACUGCCAUAAACAUACAAAUGGCAAAUGCAGAAAAUGGCGCUAGGAUCAAAGCGUUUGCUGGUGAUGACGUUGGAAGCGGGACAGUACAAAAUAUUACCUUCCAAAACUUUGUGGUCAGUAAUGUGGAUAGUCCAGUUGUCAUCGAUCAGUGCUACGAAACGUCAGCAGAUGAUUGCGAAGAAUUUCCUUCCAAUGUCUUUAUUCAGGAUAUAUUUUUCAACAACAUCUCUGGUACAGGCUCAGGUUCUCAAGUUGCCUCGCUAGAUUGUUCUCCUGGUAGUCGAUGCACCGAUAUAAAUGUCAAUGGCUUUGACCUAUCGGGGUCUGACGGAAAAACGACGUACGAAUGUCAGAACGUUGUCCUUGCCGGUAACGCCGCUUCGCUUUUUGGGACCUGUACAACGACAUGAAGACCUGGAAAUCGGACCUGGCUCAACAGAGUGAUGGAGCGACUUAUCCAGUGUCAUUGAGAUGAACUGUAAUUUUAAACAUGCUGUCCUCUCCUUUCAAGGAAUAAUACGUGCUAUCAGAAAUCUCGGAAAUUGUUAUGCGUAUAAACUGAUCAUGAACGUUGACGCAAGGCGGAUGAGGUUCAUUACGGUAAUUCCUACAUUACUACGGUCCUUAAGCAAUGUCAGUUUGAGAGAAA